AUGCAGACGAAAUCUUUAUGUUCCGAGAACAAAUACCAGGUUCGAGUGAAGCGUUACUCCGGUAAGAACCAUAGGGUGAACCAUAAAGCCUCCACAUCGUGCCACCACACCUCCCUCAUCGCUUUCAUCGCUCUGCAUCUCUUCGCGUCGCCAGACUUUCUUUGGUCGCUUCGUCCACCCGGAUGCAUAUACACGCACGACCUCCGCGCAUUGCACAUGGAAGUGUGCAGGGGGUGAGGGGGGCAGAAGCAACGACACCAGGCAAGCACUCAUUGCGUACCUCGGGUUGGUCGUCUGCUGGUGACGGUAUGUGUAGUUGCUUUCUCCGGGAUGCUUGGGGUGGCAAAAAGUAUUCCGACACAGUCGGCUAGUGCUAGUGCUAUCGG